CUCCUCCCCAGCGCAGUGUGCCAGUGCGAGACUCGAACAGAGAGAGAGAGAGAGAGAUUGCCAAUGCGUUUUCACAGCGCCGCGCUCUCGGAGAUAUUCUCGCUGUUUUUCAGCUCCACACUGAGUUUUUCUGUCUAAUUAACGCCGCGGUUCCUCUGCCGUAGGCCAGUGAGAGAGAGAGAGAGAGAGAGAAGGCGAGAGCGCGCGGCGCGUCCCCGAUGGCGGGCUGGAAGGACGGAGCGGUACAGGAGAAGUACCGACUCGUGGUGGUGGGAGGAGGCGGCGUGGGAAAAUCCGCAUUAACCAUCCAGUUCAUUCAGUCCUACUUUGUCACGGAUUACGAUCCCACCAUCGAGGACUCCUACACCAAGCAGUGUGUGAUCGAUGAGAGACCUGCACGGCUGGACAUAUUGGACACUGCGGGACAAGAAGAGUUUGGCGCUAUGAGAGAACAGUACAUGAGGACAGGAGAGGGAUUCCUACUUGUCUUCUCUGUUACUGACCGGGGCAGCUUUGAGGAAAUCUACAAAUUCCAAAGACAGAUUUUGAGGGUAAAGGACCGGGACGAGUUUCCCAUGAUUCUUGUGGGCAACAAGGCUGAUCUAGAACAACAGAGACAGGUGAGUCCAGAGGAGGGGCAGCAGCUCGCUCGCCAGCUCAAAGUCACCUACAUGGAGGCUUCAGCUAAAAUCCGCAUGAAUGUAGACCAGGCUUUCCAUGAGCUUGUCCGUGUCAUCAGGAAGUUCCAGGAGCAGGAGUGCCCGCCCUCACCGGAGCCAACACGUAAAGAGAAGGACAAGAGCGGCUGCCACUGCGUGAUCGUCUGAUUGGUCCAUCACUAUUGCCACUCAUCCAGCUGCUAUCACCAAACCCUGCCCCCCCCACCCUGCCUUUUGACAUCACAUCCUGUGUGGAUGAAUCGUUGCCUUUCUCACAUGUGCAUGUCUUCAAACAAAAAAUUAAACACACAAUAACUCUGUGUCCCGGCCUUAACCGGCUCAGGCGGCCUGUGAGACACGAGAUGAAGAACCAAACCCCUGAUGGAGCUCUGACCGAGCAUUUCAUCUUCACUGUACUGACAUCACAUCACCGACAAAGAUCAAUGCCAUAAUCACAACACAAAACAACACUACACAUCACUUGUACUAAACAUGAACACUUUUCCAAAAAGGUUUCUGUUGCCUUAGUGAUUAAAACAUCACAAAUAGACAACACAGGAAUGUGGAUGAAGAGGCUUUUAGCCAGCUUUGUGUUUCUGAAGCCUUUUUUGUGUUUUGUGCCACAUUUGUCUUCUUCUUUCUUGUGCUAAUCAUCUACUGUAUAUCAGAAAACAAGUUAAAAUGGUCACUGUAAUAACAGCUUCUCCACAGACAGAGUGCAGCCUGCGGCCGAUUCUGAGAGUGUGAAGUAUGUACAGACCUGAAGCUCAUGUUGACUCUGGGACUGAUGUCUGAAGGUUCUGUUGUUCUCUCACUUUGUUGCUGCGUCACUCCUUCACUCUGGUCACUGUAUCGCUCCGACUCUCUGUCGUUCUGUCUCUCCGUCGCUCGGCUGCUGUACCAUCGUUCGGGCCUCUGGUGAAAAUGUGAUUUUAAUGUCUUUGUGCUAUAAUUUCCUCCAUGCGGGCGACGGGUCCCGCUUUCAGCUCUGAGGUUUAUGUUUUUUUUUUCCUUGCCCUGUUCUGACUCUCAGGUUCUUCUCUUCACGCUCUUCUUAUUUUCUCACUGUUCCUUGACAGCAGCGCACACCACAGUGCCUCCACAAGGACCAUCACUGACAACUUAUUAAACAGAAGUCAAUAAACUGGUCAUUUUUCUGGCCUUCAUUCAUCUACAUUAAAGCUGACAAUGUUUUUUAGGAUCUAAUUCUGGCUUUCUGUUUUUGUUCUGCUGUUAAUCCUGAACCUGACACUUCACCCACAGCGCUGUGCAAAAGUCUUACGCUGGAUUUUUGUGCUUAUGCGUUAGUGUGUAAGAUUUUUCCAAACGUUUGUUGAUUAAACUGAUUAAAUAUUUCGGUAAAAUCGUCAUAGUAGAUCACGAUACAUUCAGCUCACGAUCAAGGAGAACAAACAGAAAUCUGCAGAAGAAGCAUGAAGGAAAUCUUACAGCUGAUUUUUUAUCUAAAAGCACUGAGAAGUGAAGCAGCUUUAAACACUCAUAAACACAGAGUCAUUUUGAACGAAUCCUCACAUCACUGAACCGUCCUGGACUUUCGCACAGUUCUGUCCAUUGUCCAUGGUCAUGUGAGAUGUUUCAGACGUGGUGUGGGCGUUCCGGUUCAGUAACAUUCUCACACACACUGCUGUGUUUCUUCUGGCCUCCUGUUCCACAGUCUCACGUGUGUUUAUUUCACGUUUGUUGUCUUCCUCUUUGCCUUCACGUGUCUCUAUAUGAGGGAUAAAACUGUUAGCUUUUGUUUCAAUCACACUGUAAUAUCAAAUGUUAAAAAAGGUGGAAGUGAUCAUCUGAACAACAUGAUUAAAUGUUUUUACUAUAUACUUUUAUACGUUAUUUUCUUAUGGGACUAGUUAAUGAGUAUUUUUAUAUGUUUGUAAGUGAAGAUUGCUCGUGUGGAAACGGCUCAACUGUGUGUAUUUGUAAAGAAGAGUAUUUAAUGAUCUCAGUUCAUAAUAAAUAUCUUAGAGCAGAUUAUUACAGCGUUAGCGGCAGAUUAUUAUUCAAUGCAGACAGGAAGAUAUGCUAGGUUUCAGUCUGAAUCUUUAUCCUCCAGCACUUCCCAUGAUGCACUGUGUCUGGUGGGGUUGAGCCGGAUCUUCUGAUGAGUCUUGAGCCAAUUAGUUGAAGUUGAAGCUGCUCUCAGAUUAGCAGGAAACGGCAGCGUCCGCUCGCCUGUUGAUGUUUUUGUGGAAAUAAAAGCUUCGGAUGGAGAUAAAGGUUGAACCAGAACACGACUUGGUCCUUUUGUUCUAGAAAUUUCUGUGCAUCCAUAAUGUGUGUUCUUGCUCCCAUCUUCUCCCUGUACAGCUCCUGGUGCUAUAAUAAUAAUAAAAUCUGUGAUUAAA